AUGUGCUGCCCCAAGAAAAUCCUGCACCUCACCCUCCUCACCGCAAUCUCCCUGCAGCUGGCUGCUGCAGCGCCCGCUGAAGAGGCCUUAGCUGAAGCACAAUCUGCAGGCUCGGCAGCAUUCUUGGCAUCCACAACAAGUAGUCAAGAACCUGAACCUCCACUGACACCUCAAGAGGGCCGCCUGACUUCUGACACACGAGAACAGACGGCUCCAGAGAUCCCAGCUCGUGCAACAUCAGAAGUACAUCUGGUGUCCGAGCCUUCUCCCUUUGGCCACGCUUCGUCUGCUAAGCUUCUUAGCAGCAGAGAGGGGUUUGAAUCAGCAGGACGUUCCGAAGUAUCCACUGCCGAUUCAAACUCUGAAGGCGACUCUGUACCCCAACUGAACACGUCUGCUGCCCCCGCAGCGCCGUUUUCUGGAGAUGCCCCAGUAGACGUGUCGGCGGAAGACAAUAGCACAUUUGACACUCGUUUGUACCUUCCAGUGCACAGGCGAUCCCAGGAGCGCCAGCAACAAUGGAUGUCAGAUGAAAUGCGGCAGGACGUACUGGUAGAGCAGCUACUGCAGAAUACAGCAGCGCAGCCGUGGGAUGCCUAUAGGCGACAGCGCCUCAGCGGCCUCACAACUACCCCAACAUCUGACAGCAUCGCCCUACGGGAACAGGAGCACUAA